UGACGUCAGGGCGUUGGGGCAGCUCCUGUGACAGACGGAGCUGGAGCGGCGGGGCGGCGGCGGAGUCCGGCGGCCGAGAUAGCGAGUGAGCGAGCGAACGAGCAGCGACCCCGGGGUCCAGGGAGCGAGAAGGAGAAGGAGGGGAGCGCUCGGGUGCGAGCGAGAGAAACCACGAGCGCCAGGCUUGGGCUCGAGCUCCGGAACGGCUGAGGAGCCCGCCCGCUCCCCUCCCCUCCCCCUCCCCGGGACAGGGCCCAGCGCGCCAUCCUCCCCCUCCCUCCUUCCCUCCCUCCCUCCUUCCUCCCUUCCCUCUCCCUCUCCCCCUCCCCCGCUGGUGGAUGGGAGUGAAGGACGGAAGAGGCCCUGCGGAGGCGGCGGUGCAGCGCUCCGGUGGAAUGAACCUUACUUGUUGAAUAUCUCCUGGUUACUUGUUGGAUUCACUUGUGGAAGAAUCAUUUUCCCCUGCGUGGAAGCCACUUAGUGGCAUAUUUAAUUAUAAAUCCAGGGAUUGCAAAGUUUUUUGAUUUCCCAAAGGAGGGACAUACCACUAUAUCAAAUAAGCUUGACAUUACAGCCAAAAUGGUGCUGUCCCAGAGACAACGAGAUGAACUAAAUCGAGCUAUAGCAGAUUAUCUUCGUUCAAAUGGCUAUGAAGAAGCAUAUUCAGUUUUUAAAAAGGAAGCUGAAUUAGAUAUGAAUGAAGAAUUAGAUAAGAAAUACGCUGGUCUUUUGGAAAAAAAAUGGACAUCUGUUAUUAGAUUACAAAAGAAGGUUAUGGAAUUAGAAUCAAAACUAAAUGAAGCAAAAGAAGAAUUUACGUCGGGUGGACCUCUUGGUCAAAAAAGAGACCCAAAAGAAUGGAUUCCCCGUCCACCAGAAAAAUAUGCAUUGAGUGGUCAUAGGAGUCCAGUCACUCGAGUCAUUUUCCAUCCUGUGUUCAGUGUUAUGGUCUCUGCUUCAGAGGAUGCUACAAUUAAGGUGUGGGAUUAUGAGACUGGAGAUUUUGAACGAACUCUUAAGGGGCAUACAGACUCUGUACAGGAUAUUUCAUUCGACCAUAGUGGCAAGCUUCUGGCUUCAUGUUCUGCGGAUAUGACCAUUAAACUAUGGGAUUUUCAGGGCUUCGAAUGCAUCAGAACCAUGCAUGGCCAUGACCACAAUGUUUCUUCAGUAGCCAUCAUGCCCAAUGGAGAUCAUAUAGUAUCCGCCUCAAGGGAUAAAACUAUAAAAAUGUGGGAAGUGCAAACUGGCUACUGUGUGAAGACAUUCACAGGACACAGAGAAUGGGUACGUAUGGUGCGGCCAAAUCAAGACGGCACUCUGAUAGCCAGCUGUUCCAACGACCAGACUGUGCGCGUGUGGGUCGUAGCAACAAAGGAAUGCAAGGCUGAGCUUCGAGAACACGAGCAUGUGGUAGAAUGCAUUUCCUGGGCUCCAGAAAGCUCCUAUUCUUGCAUCUCUGAAGCAACAGGAUCUGAGACUAAAAAAAGUGGCAAGCCUGGACCAUUCUUACUGUCUGGAUCCAGAGACAAGACUAUCAAGAUGUGGGACGUCAGUACUGGCAUGUGCCUUAUGACCCUUGUGGGUCAUGAUAACUGGGUACGUGGAGUUCUGUUCCAUUCUGGGGGGAAGUUUAUCUUGAGUUGCGCUGAUGACAAGACCCUGCGUGUGUGGGAUUACAAGAACAAGCGAUGCAUGAAGACCCUCAACGCGCAUGAACACUUUGUUACCUCCUUGGAUUUCCAUAAGACGGCACCAUAUGUGGUUACUGGCAGUGUAGAUCAAACAGUAAAGGUGUGGGAGUGCCGUUGAUUGAGUUUCAUUUGGCCCCUCCUCCCUUGUUUCCUCUGGAUGCACUCUGAUGAUACCAUGGUUACCCCAUUGAGCUCUGUUUAAAUAAAUAUUGUCCUUUCAUGUAAAUUAUUCUGGAUGUAGAUUGAGCUUAUUAAAUGUUACACACAAAGUAUUCAUGCAUGGUGAAUCCAAAUUGUAUACUGUAAAUUUACAUACGUUGUCUAGAAGUACCAUAGGGUUUAAAAACCUGGGCUGGCAUUGGUCACACCAGGCCUAAGAAGGCAGAAGUUGAAUAAAUUGAACUAGGGCACUAAACUGAAUAGUUGACAGUGUCAUUUUAUGUUGGAUUAUUAAUUCCUGUUUUUCUUUCUGCUAUCUGUUGGUGCCUGACUUGAUGGCCUCAUUUGGGGGAAAGUGGUGGUUAUUAGGGCUUUUUCUGAAAUGUGUAUCUAUGUAACAUCACUUAAGUGUGCUUAAUAAAUCUUCUUUAAGGAUGUUAGGUAAUAAGGCUACAAUUCAGAAUCUUCUGAACCAUCUAUGUAAUUAAUGGGGAUUACACAUUGGAAUUUUUGUCAUGACACAUUUGCCAAAUCAGUAGGAUACAUUUGUUUUGGCAGCCUAUCAAGCCAAGGCUAGUGGUAUAUUUAUGUAAGAAAAUGACUGUAAAUCUGAAAUAAGAAAAAUCUCAGCAGCUAAUAACAAAUCAUUUAUUUCAUUUGGGUCUUAAUGCUUUGUAAACAGGUUUAAAAAACACUGUAAUACUCUAAGCUUCUAUUUUCCACACUAGACACACUUCUAGUUGUAUUCUCCAUACUGUUAGACUGUAUAGUGAUGUGACUUCCAAGUAGAGUUUAAUCUUCCCAUUGAGUGUGUCAUGGUACAAAUCACUAUUUGUUUUUGAUGUUUUUUAGGGAUGUGCAAUGUGCAUAACAUAAUGACAAAGAAAUAUUGAAAAGGUUAGGUUUGCCCAUUUUAAGGGAGUGGGAGAAAUACAGCAGUUUGUUUUUCAACAUGAAUCUGAUAUCGAUUUGAACUGUGUUUAACUUACAAGUUUAUAAAAAGACAGGGUUUAAUGGAACGUGCAUAAAAAUGUACUGUGUUUUCACCUUUUGUUUAUGUAUAAAUGUUUAUGAGUAUAUGGGCCUAUCUAUAAGUGGAUAAGUCUGUAUAUGUAUGUAUAUCACACACAUAAAACCUCCAUGUCCUUGGGUCCUGGGUUUUUGAAGAAGUGCUAAAACAUAUAAAUAGAAUAAAUCUUGCUGUGGAAUACCAUGCUUUAGAACAAA